UCGUCCUCAGGGAGUUCGCCUGCAUACGGCUCAUGUGUUGUGUAUGGACGCCAUCCUGAACGUGGGACUGGAGAUGGGCAGCCACAACCACGACUGCUGGCCUCAUGUCUUCAGGGUGACCGAAUACAUCAGCUCUUUGGAGCACACCCACUUCAGCGACGGAUCCUUGCAGCCGUCCUCUCUGACCACCAUCACCCAGCAGAGCCAGCAGAGCGUCGGCGUGGACCUGGGGAUGGAGCUGAGCUGCGAGCCCAGCCCGGAGGCCUCGGAGCUGGGCCUGAGCCAGCCGGUCAUCCAGCCUCUGUCCAUCCAGGAGCUGCUGAGGGAGAGCAGCCGAGGCCGAGGUCUGGACCUGAGGGGCGGCAGCCUGAUGACUGGGACCAGCGCUGCCAAGGCUGUGUGUACGCUGUCAACACAGGCUGACAGGUUGUUUGAAGAAGCAGCCACCAAGCUGAACCUGGUUGGUCUGGUCGGCUUCUUGCAGCAGCUCAGGAAAGCUUCUCAGUCUCAGCUGUUCGACUCUGUUACUGAGACUGGAGACUAUUCACUGGCGAUGCCAGCUGGCUACAAGCACAGAAUGCAAACCAGAACAACAUGUGAGUGA